AUGGCCAACGCGGAUUGCUCCAGCAGCUACUAUGACGCUAUCCAUGCACUCCGGAAAAGCUUUGGUGUGAAUGGUGCCAGAGUUAAAUUUGAGAUGAUCCCGACGGCCAUGUGUCUCGCCAUGGCGGAGCUUAUGAUUCCAGAUUCUGCCGCCGCUAUAGCGGAGCAUAUCAAGGCUGUUGGACUUUUGUUUCAGGUCUAUGGACCGGGUGUCUGUAAAGAUGGGUUUCCUCAUAAGCUGUUUGUGGGAUUCCGACCUCUUCUGACAAUCCAAGCUAUUCAACAUCGCCAUCCAACUUUUCUGGCCUUACCAGCUUGGAUCAAUACCCCAUUCUCCACUUUUGGCCCCUCGCUCAUGCAGCAGCUCCUUAACGAAGCUAUCACGCUUCCUUCGCUCCUACAUCAAGCCGAUUUGCUAAUCAGAAACUCGGCAUUGACAAUUGAUUCCCACACCAAUCAGGUUUUUAGCUCUUUUGUUGACUUGACUUCACGCCUGGGCAACUGGGAAACUCUGCUAUGCGUUGAAAGUGGUCCUCCCUACUGGCAUUCUGGCAACGCCUCAGACGAUACAGUUCUCCCUCUCCGGUAUCCCAAUAUCACGAUGGCAAAUGUGUUCACUCAUCUAUGGGCCCUCCAGAUUAUCUGCAUGACCGAAAUCAAGCGGUUAUCUUCUUAUCUACCCCGCUCAUCUCGGGGAUUAUAUCCGCAGCUCGGUUCCAGCAUUGAUGAGAAUGAUUUGCUCAUGAUAGCACUUGCGCGGAAAAUCUACAGGAGUAUGGACUAUUUGUUACAAGACGAGAUGGAACUCUUUGGUCCGGCAUCUACGUUUUUCCCGCUCAGGGUUGCGCAUCAGAUAUUCAUGGCGGAUGAGUCAAGGUAUAAGAUGGAUAUUGUCUUUAUUGAGGGCAUUGUUGAUAGACUCGCGAGGAAGGGAUUGCUCUCUGUUCAUUCUUUCGUGUUUGAUAUCUGA